UGUAAUAUUGAUGUUGUGGAGCUGCGGCCGCCGAAUGUGCCGAAUGUGAAAGUGUAAAUGUGAUGCGGCUGGAAUAGUUGUCGCAAAGCGAGGGGUGAAUUUAGUGCAUCGACGACACGGAAUUGGAACAUUGAAGAGCAGCAGUAAUAUAAUUGUGAACUGGCACAGAGGUGACCUAAUACAGGUACCUCUAACAGCAAAUUAUUCAGUAACAAGUUACGCAUUGAAUGGUUAGUGCCGGAAACGGGUUCUCGGUUUUCGCGCUGCGUUAUUCGCUGCGGUUUUUUUGCGCGAGUAGCUAACAAAUAAGCCAAACUAAAAGAAAACAAAAGAAAAGGGUAUUCCCAAAAACAAAAACCGAAACCUUAAAAAAUAACAAGGAUGAUAACGACACUGUAAGAAAUAAGAAACGUAAAUGUCAAAUAAGUUUGCAAACUAUAACAUCUCUAAAAGCCGGUGGCAACAUUAGUAGCCUUAGUUAGCGGAGUUAGCGGGUCAAUGACUGUUAGAAAUUGAAAAUUAAUUACGCUGAGUACAACGGUUUAGCCGCCGACGUCGUGGGCGGUAUAAAGUUACAUCGGCACCUAUUCAAAUAAUCAAAUGUUUGUAUGUAUACGUUCAUACUGCAUAUGAAUAGUGUCGUGUUUUUGGGUCAUCUUGCGGAAUUGUGGUGCUCACUUAAGCCGUUUGGCCUAACAAGGAUUACCAUAAAUACAUUGAUGUACGAAGCAUUACUCAGCGGUCGCUGAAGUACAACUACCUGCAUUCCUAAUUAACUGCGCUCCUUCCGAUCACCGUACUAGGAACACCGUCUGCGCUGUCAGUCGUUUCCGAAUGCAAACUAUCCAACUGGGAGCGCUACCGCAGCUGGCACCCCAUUCUCCUUGGCGAUAAGGGGCUGCAUUCACUAUUGCAAAGAGGCACACAUACAUACAUAGAUAUUUACUCUUACUCUUUGAAAGCCGUCAAUAGCAACACAACUGAAAGCAUCAGCAUAAAAAGACCAACGGCAAAAAAAAAAAAAAACAAAUUAACUUUUCGGCUUUGCAAGACAUUCUACAUUGCAUUGCCACAGUUGUACACGCACCUUGAAUACGACUCAACUUGAAAGGUUGAUGCCACCGAAACUGGUAGAACGCGUACAAAUUACGUGAAUGCCGGCAUGAGAACACGAAGACGUUAAAACGCACAAAACCGACGACGUAAACGGAAGAGCAAAAGUAAACUUAAUUAGAAAAUUUGUCGCACGUCUUUACCUCAGUGAACUUUCCUUAUAAGAGUAAGAAGCUUUGGCGCUGAAGCUGCACGUCUCUACUUCCGAUGUCAAGUCAAGGAUAAAUACAAUAAAAUUCCGAUUAAAAUAAAGCCGCCUGUCACUUCUAGCUGCUAAAGCAGCAUAAAAAAGAAAGCGAAAUAAUAAAACCGAGAGGACACCGUAGGAGGCGACCCGUCUGCUUACGCGCUCUUAUGGUCAUAUCCACCAAAAUAGUAAUUCUUGCAACAAACUUUAACGCUAUUUAUAACAUCAGAGCUGUGAUACACCAAAAAAAAAAACAAGACAUCAAAAUGAAAAACACACACAAAAUCACGAAAGAAAGCAAAACUGAAUAAACAAAGGAAAGCAAAGCCCAAAUAAAGUGAAAUUGCAAGUAGAACAUAAAACCGUAAAAUACGCUCUUACAUAUUCAUACAAAUGAUUUUCGAACAUACAUGUGUAUGUGUGUGUGUGUGUUGUUAUACUAGGUCAUAAGCAACAUUUGUUACGAGGCAACAGCGCAUAAAAAAGGCUCAUCACAGUAGAUUUUCUCUUAUGGCGCCACCGGUUGGGAAAAUUGUUUUUAAUACGGCAAAACGGCCCAACUAUCGCCUAUUGCCGUAAUAAGUAAUUUUGGGGGGAAACAACAACAGCACAGCAGUUGGCGUCGUGCUACGUCAGCGUUAAAGGACUUGGCAAGUCAUCGGUCUUAAAACCAUUCGUAGCGGGAUUUAAAAGCAAUAAAUGACGUGUGCCCAAUUGUCGUCAACUUUAUUUUGAAGCACUUGUCGGCCGCACGCUACAGGCAUAUGUUGAACUGAAUCCUUAUGGUUUUAGGUUUCGCAGGACAUACAUACAUUUAUUUCGGCCAAGGUGCUGUGAAGAACGUAGCCAAUCGACAACAAAACGCUGACUGGCAGCUACAAACGAAAUAGGUUGGUCAACCCAAGCGUAAUUUAUAAAAACGAACUGCCAAACUCGGCAUACGCAGCCAAAUACCAAGCGGUCAUAACACUUACGCACAUUCCUUUGCAUUUUUUUAGCAUUCGUUUUGAAAACUAUUAACACGCACCCGAGCGGCCGGGAGGCGGUUCGCACGAAAUAUACAGACAUACACAUGCGCUCAUAAGCUCACAGGACAAGCACACUCAUCGCGAUAUCAUUAAUUUAGAACGGAAUGGCAACGACAAUGUCUACAACACGCAAGGCAACUUCUAAAGCGACGGUGCGGAAGGAGGAAGUGAAACAUUCAAGUUCAUCGCUGUCAUCGUUAAUCACAUGUUUUAUAUCCUGUUUCAUCGUGGCUGUGAGUUGCCUUUGUCCGCCAACAGUAGGGGCGACGGCAAUUGCUGCGGCGACAGCGUCGGUAACAUCGACAGCAUCAGCAGCAGCAGCGGCAAUGACAGCUAAGGUAGCCACAGUGGGCGACGGUAGCGAAGACAGUACAACCACCAUUGCCGGUCAAGGUGGUAGUCGUUUGGGUGUUCUGAGUAGUGGUGCGGUUGGAGGCGACGGUGAAGGCAACGUUUUGAGCUGGGAUCAUGCCGUCGAUUUGAAUGAGGAUUUUCGCAUUUUAUGGACAAUCAUUAAUCAGGAUAUUACGUUCGAAAUACAAGCACGUACGCUGGGUUACGUUGGAUUUGGUUUCUCGCCCGACGGCAGCCUCGCUGGCUCUGACAUCGCCAUCGGUUGGGUAGACAAGGGUCAAACAUAUUUUCAGGAUCGUCACAUAACGAGAAAUGUAAACACAGAGCCAAUUGUGGAUCCAUCUCAGGACUAUAUUCUUAUGUUGGGAUAUGAAAAUGCAACACAUACUGUCUUACGAUUUCGUCGAAAACUAGACACUUGCGACAAAUUGCACGACAUUGCUAUUACGAAUAACACUAUGCGAUUAAUUUAUAUGUAUCAUAGUCGCGACCCACCUCAUGGAUCAGUUCAACCUGGGACAUUACCUGAACCAGACUCCGCUUUUCGGCCAUAUCAUCCCAUGGUUCUUACCCAAAGGGCAGAAAUUCAGUUUCGGAAAAACGAUCAAAUAAGGCAAAUGGAGCUACGAAAUGAAGAUGUGGCGCUUCCAAGUGGAGAUAGCACAUUAUCCUGGUGCAAAAUGUUCAAGUUAGAAGAUAUCAAUCGAAAGCACCAUCUUAUCCGGUACGAACCAAUAUAUGACUCAACGUCCAGCAUACAUUAUUUACAACAAAUUACGCUGUAUGAAUGCCAGGGAUCUCAGCAAGAGCUUGAGAAAAUGGCACGAGAGCAAGGACGACAAUGUAUAGGCAAUCGGGAUAUGCCUUUAGCCUGCAAUGCCAUUGUUGCAUCAUGGUCUCGCGGUUCGGAGGGCUUUACAUUUCCGGAGGAUGCUGGCUACCCGAUCGAUUCUCAUGCUGCCAAAUACUAUCUUAUGGAAACACACUACAACAAUUUGCAGCCCGAUAACUUCCAAAGCUACAGUCGACAAAUGGCUGACAACUCCGGACUAAGGAUUUACUUCACCCACAUAUUGCGUCCGAAUGACGCUGGCAUACUUUCAAUUGGUCUGGAUCCAAAUUGGCGACACAUAAUUCCACCCGGUCAAAGAGAAGUAAUCUCUGAAGGACAGUGUAUUGAAGAUUGUACGGCCUACGCUUUUCCUGCUCAGGGCAUAAGCAUUUUCGCAGUUAUGAUGCGUACACACCAAAUCGGCAAAAAAGUUAAACUCCGACAGAUUCGUCAGACUGAAGAACUCUUUCCAAUCGUAAUGGACACCAACAUCGACCCAACGUAUCAAGACUUUCGCCAUCUGCCUGCUCCCGUGCGGUCUCUACCUGGUGAUCGACUUAUUGCUGAGUGUAUUUACGACAGCUCCACACGAAAAGCAAUUACCCUUGGUGGCCUGACUAUGAAAGAGGAGAGUUGUACGGUACUGACACUAUAUUACCCGCGCCAAAAGGAACUUACUACAUGCCACUCCUUACCAAGUUUACCAACGGUGCUCCACUCCCUAGGCAUCGAGGAACUUGCCACUGAUUCCAAUCCUGUGCUGAUUUCUUCACCCCCGGAAUUGGCUGGCAUGACGUUGGAGGCGCGAUUAAUAUCUUACGACUGGCAAAAUCAGUUCGAUGAAUUUCAAGAGGCAACUAGAAGUGGAUCUUUUAAGCCACUUUGUUGGGGCGCAAAAAAUCAUGUCAUUCCAGGCUCAGAGUACCUCGAAGGAUACAGCAUAAACAUAACAAAAACAUUUAAGCAGCAUCAAUACUGUAAACCAAAGCAACGCUCAUUUGUCGCCGACAGUGUGGGGCAAACGGAUCUUGAGCUGCCGGUGCUUCAUGAAAUGGACAACAAUAACAUCAUUGAAGGAGCGGCACGAAGUAGCCGCAGUUCAGCUGCCACCGAAACGCAAGGAUUAAGCAAAGCCGAAGACUAUAGUAGAAGUUUUGUGACAACUUUCUGGUAUGCGAGCGCUUUCAUUAUUCUACAGUGGCACAACCGAUGGUCCCUAACUAGAAGCGCAUUUUAAGCGUUCGCAUUCCAAUACUUUCAUCUAUCCAGCCCCGCGACGCUGACGUCAUUACGUGUCCUCCACACUACCCAAUCCUCAGAUGAAUUAUGUAGCUGCAUGAAUUUCUAAUUUUGUUACCCUAGUGUGUAGUAAGUUAUUGAUUAUUUUUACAAAAGUUUAUUGUCGAAUUGUAGACUUACGGAAACCAUAAGCGUAUUACGGCGUUAUUAGUUAAGUACACUCAUAACUACAUACAUACAUACAUACAUAAUAUAUACAUACCUACAUAAAUAAAAUAGCGAUAAUCAUACAAUACGCUAAAACCAUAAGCAUUAAAAAUCGGUGAGAUUUAAAUGGAAAGCAAUAAUUAGUUAUCGAAUACUUGUUUGUGACUCGAUAUUAUACAUUUAUACAGUACUCGUAUUUAGUGUGUAAAAUCGUUACUUUGCAUGUAGUAUUUUAAGAUGGUGCAAAUAUAAAUCUAAAUAACCAAAUACUUUACAUUAGUAAUGUUACAGUGUGUGAAAAAUACUCGAAAUUAGAUCUAACUAGAAACUACCUAUCUUACAUUAAGUCGACAACUAUUUUGUACGAGUGUAUCGCCAGUGAAUUAAUAAGCUGACCUUCCUAGAUCGACAGUGGGCGCAAAAUCAAAUUAUGAUUUUUAUUAAAAUAAUUAUGAAUUCAAAUAUUUUUUAUAAAAUUAAUUAUUUUGAUUAUUUACAUUUUUAAUUAAUUAAUUUUUUAUAAAUGUAAUUUAAUUGCUGUCAAAAUAUUUCUAAAUUUUGUGCUCAUUGUCAAGUUCAGUGUAUCUUGUUAUGAAUGGAAUUGGUCUGUUAGCCACAUAUAUUUAUUUUAUUUUAAUAAAAUAUAUGAAUUUAGUAAAAAAGAAUACCUUUAAUUAAAAGCCUGAAUAUUUAGCAAUACAACAGGCUUACACACAAUGCUUUGAGUACUCUUUAUGAUGAAGCAAAUACCUUUAUUUUAAUUACUCGAUUUAGGCUUAAUUCUACCGUCCAAACUUAGUUAAAGAUAAGCCUAUGAGGUUCCUGAUAAAGAUCGCAACAUACGGAUGUGAUACUACCGUUGCGGUGCAUGCAAUCAAAACACCACAUUGCACCGCUCCAUGCACAUAUAAGCUUUUUGUUCCUGGAUAAGAUGAGUGUUGGAUAUUUAUGUUUUGCCAUAAAAAAU